AUGACCGCUGCUAGUGGUCAGCGCUCGCAGCGCGAAGCGAUGGCACUGACCAUCAAUGAAAUCGUUGCACAUCUUGUGGAAGCUCAUCGAGAGAAUAAAACUGUUAACCUGAACAGAUUGAAAUGUGUGAUUGCUCAAAAAUAUGGUCUUAGUUCACAGCCAAAGCUUGUCGAUAUAAUUGCUGGAGUGCCCGCUGAAUACAAGUCAGCCAUGUUUCAGGAAAUCCUCCUUCCCAAACUGAAAGCGAAACCAGUUCGAACCGCGUCUGGAAUCGCAGUAGUGGCAGUGAUGUCGAAACCACAUCGAUGUCCUCACAUCAACUUCACCGGCAAUGUUUGUGUCUAUUGCCCAGGUGGCCCAGAUUCAGAUUUUGAGUAUUCUACACAGAGUUAUACUGGAUAUGAACCUACCAGUAUGAGGGCUAUUAGGGCUAGAUACGAUCCGUUUUUACAAACACGCGGUAGAGUAUCGCAAUUGAUGCAGUUGGGACACUCCAUUGACAAGGUAGAAUUUAUCGUUAUGGGUGGUACCUUCAUGUCUCUUCCUGAUGACUAUCGAGACUAUUUCAUACGUAAUCUUCACGAUGCUCUCAGCGGACACACGUCGAACAGUGUGAAAGAGGCCGUCGCCUUCUCCGAACGAAGCAAGAUCAAAUGCAUCGGCAUUACGAUCGAAACGCGACCUGAUUACUGCUUACCCCGCCAUCUCAAUGAUAUGCUGUUGUAUGGAUGCACACGGCUUGAGAUUGGAUUCACGCAAACGCUUUUAAAAUUCAUUUCCAUCAGUUUUAUCUUCCAGGCCGUCGCCUACUCCGAACGAAGCAAGAUCAAAUGCAUUGGAAUUACGAUUGAAACGCGACCUGAUUACUGCUUACCCCGCCAUCUUAAUGAUAUGCUGUUGUAUGGAUGCACACGGCUUGAGAUUGGAGUGCAGUCCACAUAUGAGGACGUCGCGCGAGACACAAAUAGAGGACACACUGUUAAAUCAGUUUGCGAAACGUUCCACAUGUCAAAAGAUACCGGUUAUAAGGUUGUGAUUCACAUGAUGCCAGAUUUACCUAAUGUUGGUCUCGAACGAGACAUUGAGCAGUUUGUGGAGUUAUUCGAGAACCCAGCCUUCCGUCCCGAUGGCUUAAAACUAUACCCCACACUUGUAAUUCGAGGUACGGGAUUGUACGAGUUGUGGAGGACUGGGAGGUACAAGAGCUACCCACCAUCCGUAUUGGUGGAUUUGGUCGCUCGGAUUUUGUCGAUAAUACCACCUUGGACUCGCGUCUAUCGAGUGCAACGGGAUAUUCCCAUGCCGUUGGUGUCAAGUGGAGUGGAGCAUGGUAAUCUUCGUGAGCAUGCGUUAUCACGUAUGAAAGAACUUGGAUUAGCUUGUCGAGACGUAAGAACAAGAGAAGUUGGCAUUCAGGAAAUCCACAACAAGAUCAGACCGUACAAUGUUGAAUUAAUACGACGAGAUUAUGUGGCGAAUGGCGGAUGGGAGACAUUUUUGUCAUAUGAAGACCCUGAUCAAGUUUGUUCUUGUUACAAUUUUCUUUUUACACUAAAUUUUCUCUCAUUUAGCUUAAACGGACUACCUUAUACUUUUUUCAAGUUUUUUUUUCACAAUUUUCUUACUCGUAAUCCACUUUAUCAAGUUGCU